AGCAAAAAGAAAAGAAAAGAAGAGAAAAUUUGAGUAAAGAGAAAAAGAGCAGAGUGUCAACUGUGGCUGCAAUUUCGGGGGUUGAGUGGAGAUCCCCUCACUCAUGCUCAUGCAUUCUCUCUCUCUACAUCAUCGUCUUUGUUUGCUCAAUAGAAAAAGCAAAAACAAACAUCGAUCUUGAAUAGUAGUGAUGAGGAAAAGUGAGGUGGAAGACGGUGAGGGAGGCCUCGGCGAGGAUGACCCGGCGGCGAUGGAGAGAGCUUUCGAGGAGAUGCGUGUGCCGCCAUGGCAGGACCAGAUCACCUUCAGAGCGAUGUUCACUAGUCUCGUUUUGAGCAUUGUGUUCAAUGUCAUAGUUUGCAAGCUCAAUCUCUCCACCGGUGUUAUUCCGUCGUUGAACGUCGCUGCGGGGCUUCUCGGAUUCGCCGCCGUCAAGGCGUGGACAGUGAUGAUCGAGAAGUGCGGCCUUCUCAAGCAGCCCUUUACCAGGCAGGAGAAUACUGUGAUUCAAACCUGCGUCGUCGCCUCUUCCGGCAUUGCUUUUAGCAGUGGAACUGCAAGUUAUUUGCUGGCGAUGAGUCCAAUCACAGCAUCUCAAGCUGAAACAGGAAAUACACCAAACAAUGUCAAACAACUCCACCUUGGAUGGAUGAUUGCUUUCGUUUUUGCUGUCAGCUUCGUCGGCCUAUUCUCAAUCAUGCCGCUAAGAAGGGUGAUGAUUUUGAAAUACAAAUUGACAUAUCCAAGCGGGACUGCAACGGCCUACCUUAUCAACAGCUUCCACACUCCCAAAGGAGCCAAGCUAGCUAAGAAACAAGUGUGGGUUCUUUUCAAAGCCUUUGUUGGUAGCUUUUUGUGGGCUUUCUUCCAGUGGUUCUUCGCAGCUGCUGACGGCUGUGGCUUUAGCAGCUUCCCCACAUUCGGUCUCCAAGCCUACAACCGCAGAUUCUAUUUUGAUUUCUCUUCUACAUACGUGGGUGUGGGGAUGAUAUGCCCUUACAUGGUUAACAUAUCACUGUUGAUCGGAGCCAUAAUAUCUUGGGGCAUUAUGUGGCCGGUGAUCGAGUCGAAGAAAGGCCAUUGGUACAGCGCGGACAUACCGGGAAACAGCCUUCAUGGCAUCCAAGGAUACAGAGUGUUUCUUGCUAUUGCUAUGAUUCUAGGUGACGGCCUUUUCCAAGUGGUGUACAUGGCUGUACUCACACUGAGUAGCUUCAUGCAGCAGCUGGUGCAUAGGAACGAGUCAGAGGAUGAGAGAGAAGAAGGGGACUCGGUAGAGGACUACAAUGAGAGUAGGCGAACCGAGUACUUCUUAAAGGACCAAAUCCCCAACAGAGUAGCCAUAGGCGGAUACAUUGUGCUAGCUCUCAUCUCAAUAAUUGUGGUGCCGCACAUCUUCCCUCAGCUAAAGUGGUACCAAAUCCUAGUAGCCUACAUCAUAGCUCCGGUCCUCGCCUUCUGCAAUGCCUAUGGCUGUGGCCUCACGGAUUGGUCCCUGGCCUCCAACUACGGGAAGCUUGCAAUCCUCGUGUUCAGCUCAUGGGUGGGGCUCCAGCAAGGGGGAGUUCUCGCAGGGCUAGCCUCGUGCGGAGUGAUGAUGAGCAUCGUCUCGACUGCCUCUGACCUGAUGCAGGAUUUCAAGACAGGGUACCUCACACUAUCCUCCCCUCGGUCCAUGUUCGUCAGCCAAGUCCUUGGCACUGCCAUGGGGUGUGUUCUCUCUCCACUGGUGUUCUGGUUCUUCUACAAGGCAUACAACGUAGGGGACCCAGAGGGCACUUUCCCAGCCCCCUAUGCCUUGAUGUACCGAGGCAUUGCGCUCUUGGGGGUGGAGGGAUUCUCGUCGCUCCCAGAGAACUGCUUGAUGCUGGCGAUAGGGUGCUUCGUGGCAGCGGUGCUGAUCAACGUGCUGAUCGUGGUGCUGAGGAAGUGGGAGAGCAAGUAUAGGAUCUAUAGGAUUAUCCCCAGCCCUAUGUGCAUGGCCAUUCCUUUCUAUCUUGGGGGCUACUUUGCCAUUGACAUGUGCGUUGGGAGCUUGAUUCUCUUCGUGUGGCAGAUGAAUAACAAGAAGCAGGCGUCCGAGCUGUCGCCGGCCGUGGCAUCAGGGCUCAUCUGCGGUGACUCACUAUGGGGGAUUCCGGCGGCAAUAUUGGCCUUGGCCGGAGUGAGUCCGCCGAUUUGCAUGAAGUUUUUGGGAGCUGCGGCUAAUAAGCGGGUUGAUUCCAUAUUAGGCGGCUAAUCUUCAAAUAUUGUAUAUAAUGUAGGUAGUCGAUUACAGGUGAUUGAAAAAACACAUACUCCAUUAAUAAAAAAUAUUUAUGGGAGAGAUUAA